AUGGCCGCCGUCGCAGAUUCCGUGGAGAACGGUACCACAACCAUCCCUGAGAAUGAAAAUCUUAUGCUGUCUGGAACCAGUGUCAUCGCAUUGCUAGACGAACACUCUGGCUCCUUCCCUGAAUUGAAUCAGCCGGACAGCUUAGCUGCUGAGACCGCCCCCGACCCGAGCGACUCCGCGGCGGAGAGGUGGCCAGGAUGGCCUGGAGAUUGCGUGUUUCGUAUGAUCGUUCCGGUGACUAAAGUCGGAGCUAUUAUCGGAAGGAAGGGAGAUUUCGUCAAAAAGAUGUGUGAGGAGACUCGCGCUCGCAUCAAAGUCCUCGAUGGUCCCACUACGACUACUGAUCGCGUCGUGCUAAUAUCUGGGAAGGAAGAACCAGAGGCUUACAUGUCUCCUGCAAUGGACGCAGUCUUAAGGGUGUUCAGACGAGUUUCAGGAUUGCCUGAUAAUGAUGACGAUGAUGUUCAAAACGCUGGAAGCGCCUUCUCUUCAGUGCGUUUAUUAGUCGCAUCUACGCAGGCGAUAAAUUUGAUUGGAAAACAAGGAUCCUUGAUCAAAUCUAUAGUUGAGAGCUCUGGUGCAUCAGUUCGUAUAUUAUCAGAAGAGGAAACACCAUUUUAUGCUGCGCAAGACGAGAGAAUAGUGGAUUUGCAAGGGGAAGCUUUAAAGAUCAUAAAAGCGUUAGAAGCCAUCGUUGGACACCUAAGGAAAUUUCUAGUCGACCAUACCGUGGUUCCUCUCUUCGAGAAGCAAUAUCUAGCUAGAGCCACUCAAGCUCGUCAGGAAGAGCCGUUAUCAGACAACAAGUCAUCUCUCCAUACGCUUUCGUCAAAUCUACUCGAGUCCGAUUUCUCCCUCUUAGCACGGAGAGAACCUCUGUUUAUGGAGCGCGAUUCUCGGAUGGAUCCGCGUCUCCAGCCUUCAGGAGCUUCUAUGUACAGUCAGGAUCCUGUACUGUCCUCCAGACACUCCCCAGGUCUCGGUCGUGUUUCUGCUGCUUUUGUUACACAGGUAUCUCAAACGAUGCAAAUACCGUUCUCCUACGCGGAGGAUAUUAUCGGUGUAGAAGGAACUAAUAUAGCCUACAUCCGUCGAACAAGCGGAGCCACCAUUACCAUUCAAGAGAGUCCACAUCCUGAUGAAAUUACAGUGGAAAUCAAAGGCACUUCUUCUCAAGUACAAAUGGCUCAGCAACUAAUACAAGAGUUCAUCAGCAAUCACAAGGAACCAGUUUCGGCUUCAGGAGGAUAUGGUAGAAUCGACACGGGCUAUGUACCUGCAUAUCCUCCUCAGCUGAGCAACCGUCAAGAGCCGCUCUCGAGCAGCUACAUGGGCGCUGAGACGGUGCAGUACAGACCAACAGCAUACUCUCAGCUGGCGGGUCCUUCCACCUACACGCCGUCGCUAAAUGGACAAACUUAUGGAAGUGAAUAUAGACCAGCUUCUGAUAUUGGUGGAUACAGCAGUUAUAAUCUUUGA